CGUCUAUUUGAGUAGCAACUUCUUCAGAUGUAACUCUCAGUUAACCUCUGCGGUCAUUUUCGUUAUCGCGUGUCACAACCGAGUUGUUUGAUAAUAGAUCCGCGCGACAAUACGUUGUUCUUAUACCUGAAUUCUUGUUCGAAUCCGUAGCAAACGCUGAUUUGUGAAACCUGCAUCUCGAAUCACGAAAGAUCCACCCAUGGCGAUUAUAUCCUCUCCUCUGGCCGACUCGGAUGCUAUGUCCACAAGCACAACCACUGAAAUCAACAAAGACCUUGCUGUAUUAGCCGAGUCCAUGCACGUCCUUGACUCCAUAUCUCGCCUUCCAGCCGAGAUUCUCGCGAUUGUCUUCGAAUUCGUCGAAGAAGAGAAGCGUUUCGACGAAUCUGCGAACAAUAAUGCCCCUGCUUGUCUAGCAAUCACACACGUCUGCAGAUACUGGCGCAACGUCGCUCUCGAUUGCCCCUCUCUUUGGAGAUUCAUCCGUUCUUCCUCUCCAUAUUUGGUAGGCAUCAUGCUUGAGAGGUCGAGGAACGCUCCCCUGGUCGUGACGUACAAAUCCCCGGUCUCACUACAAGGUUGCUUGGAGCCAGUCCUUGCGCAACUGCCCCGAGUCAAAGUGCUCCAAUUUCCAUCGCCGGCACCGGACGUCGAUCGCAUUAUCAACCUGCUAUCAUCGCAACCAGCACCGUUGCUUGAAAAUUUCGAUUUACGCAAGCCAUGGGAGGGCAGAGAUUGGUUCAUCACAGACACCAUCUUUCAAGGCCAAGCACCUCGACUUCGGAGUGUUGAACUUGGGAAUUUUAGCUUAAGCUGGACAGCGCAUAUUUUCAGCAGGCUUCAAACUCUGAGUGUCAGAGGCAUAACAUUCUUUCCUACCACCCUACCGGAGCUCCUGUCAGCUCUGAGACGUAUGACUGCAUUGGAACAGCUUGCGAUUGAUACGGCGUCCGUAGUUUCCGAGAUAACGAUGCCCCUUGACAAUGGCAAAGUGCCACUCGCUCGGUUGAAAAGUAUAGCGCUAGGUACUCUCUCAAUCCAAACUGCCACGUCUCUCUUCUCGCAACUAGCCAUUCCCGUCGAUGCCAAGAUCGCUCUGCGGCUCAAAGAUAUUCUAGGCCUUCAAGACUUUUCCGAUCUGUUUUCGGCCAUGGACAGGUAUCCUGAUACACCCGGUUCUGUCAUUCGAUCCCUGCGCGUCAUCUACUUUUCGUACAAAUCUUUUUGCUUCCAGCUUAGCACGUCCACGACGAUGGAUCCUCCAGAAUCCUGGAAUUCUCAUGAUUAUGACGAUGCCAUACGACUAUCCAUUCACUUCAACUUCCACGGAUACGUUGACGUCGCGAAGAGCAUCCUGUUCGAUAUAUGUCGGCUCGUGACGCAGCCUGAGGACAGGAUUCAAACGUUCUAUCUUGGGUCAGAUUUUUUGGAUCCAGACCCAGAUUUCUGGCGCGCUGGGUCCGCCUUCCUCCCGGAUGUCGAAACUAUUCAUCUGAACCGCACAUUGAUUGGAGGCUUGGUCGAGAUGCUCGAGAUUGACGAAGGCGAGCAGGAAUGCAAUGUGCCAUAUCACUCCCUCCGUGCUCUAGACGUCUAUACGACCGUUUUCAUUUAUGAGGAUGAUGAAUAUGAGAGGCUUCGGGAUAUCAUGAAGAUGCGAGCUGGACGCGGUGCCGGCAUCCGGGCCCUCCGACUCGAGAAAUGCUUAGAUUUAGACGCUGAAAUGGUGCAAGGUUUCAGGAGAGUGGGUGGGGCUGUUGAUUGGGACGAAUAUGUAGAGCCCUUGGGUGAUAGGGAGAUUUACGAGGUCACUACGCCGCCGGGUUGGGUGAAUUGGACAGAGGCUUUUGACCAGCGCUAGUGUUUAUAUAUAUCGACGACGUUUUAAUGCGUGAUGGAUUUGUAUUUAGAUUUUUGUUCUUAUCGUCGACUGCUGUGCAGCCUCGGGCUGUAUCUCAUGGUCUGCCC